AUGUCAACACAAGGAAGAGGAAAAGGAUCAAAAAGUGCUAAAGGAAUUGCAAAAAAACACAGAAAGAUCGCGUCUAAUGAAGAAAGUAUAAGCAAACCUGCAAUAAGAAGAUUAGCAAGAAGAGCAGGUGUUAGUAGAGUAGGGUCGGGAUGCUUUAAUGAAAUUAGGGUAGCAGCAAAGAGUUAUAUGACUGGUAUAAUUUCUUAUUCAUUUGUUUAUGCUAAUCAUGCAAAAAGAAAGACUAUAACAUGUUCAGAUGUACUUUAUUCUUUAAAGAAAAUGGGUGUUAAAUAUAUGGGAUAUUAA